UUCCUUGCUGAUGGGGUCAACAACAUGGCGCUGUCCAUAGCGUAUUGUAAUAUCCUAGAAAAACUUAAUAUUAGUUGUAUUAUUUGCGUUGUGCGACCCUGAUUUUCCAUGUUACAAUUUCUUUGCUUACGGAUCUGGAAAGGUUUUGCGACUCAUGCUUAGGAGAAAACCAGGCUAAACCACUAAAGAACUGCACUAUGUCUGGAUCAAAUGUAUGGAGUCGUACCCGAGAGAAAUUACAGCGUUUCCCAGAACUUUUUGCAGAGUGUUCAUUUGAGGCUGCAGCUUAUGGGAAGUGUGUGGCAGCCACUACCACAAGUAAACAAGAAAUAAAGAAGGAUCUGUGUGCUAAGGAGUUUGAAGCACUGAAGACUUGUUUCACUAAUGCAGCCAAGAAAAGAUGCAAAUAAAUGGAAAACCCAUAUGGUAUCAUCUGUGUUUCCUAAAUGUUGAUGUUGGUGGUGUCAAGCUGUUCCUCUUUGCAAUAACGUUUCAUUAUGUAUGUAAAUGUAAAAUGAGAAUAAAUAGUUUGUCAGA